AUGCAACGCGUUGUGAGCUCCGUGCGCCGAUUCGCCAGCCAUGCGGCGCCGCACCACCAGGCGGAGAGCGCCAUGAUCACCAACAACGGUACCCACGUCUUCGUGCGCAAGGGCUACGAGCGCUCGACGUGGGCGGGCAUCCUCGGCGGCCCGAUCUUGCUCUGGAUCGGUUUGAGCAACGCGCCGGACACGGACUUUGAGGACUGGGGCCGCCGCGAGGCCAUCAAGCGCCUCAAGGCCGACGACAAGGUGCUCGUUGCCCGGCAAAACACGGUCGGCGGGCCCUUUGUGUACGUCAAGAAUGAGAUUGGUGAGCGCCCGGCGUUGGAGGAAUAG